AUGUCGUUAACACCUGAACAAGUACAACGAUGUCUCCAUGGCGUUGGAUAUGAAAUCUUUGUGCAAUCAUUUUUCGAUUCGAAUGAUCUAGGCAUCACAUUAAUAUGGCUGAUGCCUAUUCACCCUGCUAAAACCUAUCACAAAUAUGAUGUCGAAGAUUAUCUCAAUAUUCAUCCUGAUUAUGGAACAUUAGAUGAUUUUCGUCAUUUAGUUAACGAAUGUCAUCAACGCGAUAUACUUGUCAUACUCGAUCUGGUCGCUAAUCAUACGAGUUAUGAUCAUCCAUGGUUUCGACAAGCUCAAUCGGAUCCAACGAAUGCUUAUCGAGAUUAUUAUAUAUGGACUGAUAGUGAACGUGUGAAAAGGUUAGGUUUACGUGCUUUCGAUACGCCGGAUGUUAAUGCAGCGGGAUUGUGGCAUAAGGUUGGUCCCGAAAGUGAACAUUUCGAUUGGGAAGAAUUCGAAAAGCGUUCAAAAACACCUGUUGAUCUCGAUCAAGACGAUCGAAUUACAUCUAAAUUGUCACUGACACAUGAAGACUCUUCAGCAAAUUCUACACAAUCGAACAGACUAUAUACGAAUACAUAUUAUGCCGUAUUCGAUCCUCGUAUGCCGGAUUUAAAUUAUGAUUGCGAACGUGUUCAAGAUGAAAUAUGUCGUAUCGGUCAAACCUGGCUUGAGCUUGGUGUCGACGGAUUUCGUCUUGAUGCAGCGAAGUAUUUCUACAAACCACCUCAUCUCAAGUCGAAUAUAUCGUGGUGGACUAAAUUUCGUCAAGCUUUGUCUCAGAUCAAUCCGUCAGUAUAUUUACUCGGUGAAGUCUGGGAUUUGUCGAGUCGUAUUGCACCAUACCUUCGCUCACUUGAUUCUGUAUUUAAUUUUGAAUUAGCUGAUCUAUUAAUCUCAUGUGUAUUAAACGAAGGCAACGGUUCAUCGUUAUUAAAUGCUUAUCAGCGAAUAGCUAACAUUUAUACGAGAGAAAGUAGUCGGUCAGUGAUCGACGCGAUUUUUCUAUCGAAUCAUGAUCAAAAUCGUCUCAUGUCAGUGUUGAGUAAUAACGUAUCCAAAGCAAAAUUAGCAGCAGCAUUGCUUUUGACAUUACCCGGUCUACCUUUUGUUUACUAUGGGGAAGAAAUUGGUAUGUUAGGAAUGAAACCACAUGAUAAAUAUCGCCGAGAACCUUUCCUUUGGUCUACUACUCAAACUCAAGGACAAACAACAUGGCUAGAACCAUUGUAUACAAAAGUUAGCAAUGGUUGUACUCCACUCGACCAACAAUUAAGUGAUCCAAAUUCACUCGUGAAUCAUUAUAAAAAACUGAUUCACAUUCGCUGCCAAUCCGAUGUGUUACUUUUCGGUUCGUUGAAACCUGUCUCCACACGUAUACGUUGCUUAUGUAUUUAUGAACGAGAAUAUAAUACGAAGUCUGUCUUUAUUGCACAUAAUCUUGGUCACCGAACACAACGAGUGAUGAUCCCUGACAAUUAUCGUCAAAUCACUUUUUCUACAAAUAGCGAAAGUCAAAUUGUAACUAAUGGACAAGUCAAUUUGCAAGGCUUUUCGACAAUUAUUAUUCAAACAAAAUAA